UACAGACACUACUGUCAACUCGCCGCCGUCGCAUGACCCACGUGAUCUCGCGGUUGACUAUUGAAACAAUAUAAGCAGCUGACUUCGCGUUAAUUCUCCAAGUGUAAAUACGGAGAUUAGUCACUUGCUCUGACAAGUGACAAAAGAUUGUCCGCGGUGAUUAGGAAGUUACACGUCGGCAAAUCCGAUUGUUCCAUGUGCAAAACUACGAGCAACUGAAACCAUGAUUCUUUACUCUUUAAUGACACCCAUCGUCUUAUCCACAUACAUGUUGUUAAUAGUAACAAUAUGUAUACUUGUCUUUUUGCCAAUUCUAUUGAUAAAAUGGAGAAAGUUUUACUCAAAGAAGCGAGAGGAAAGACAACAGAGAGGCACAAUUGUUGGAAUCUUUCACCCAUAUUGCAAUGCAGGUGGAGGAGGCGAGAGAGUACUUUGGGCUGCGGUUCAAGCUAUACAGAAUAAAUAUCCUGAUGUACAUAUAGCUAUAUAUACUGGUGAUCUUGAUGCCGAUCCCGAAAAGAUUCUUAGCAGAACUGAAAAAGCAUUUAAUAUAAAAUUACGUCCAAAUAUUGAAUUCGUCUAUUUACGUAGACGAAAAUGGGUAGAAGCUUCCAUGUAUCCUCAUUUCACAUUGCUGGGACAAAGUAUGGGAUCUAUCUGGUUGGGUAUCGAAGCAUUGAACAGUCUUCCACCAGACAUAUACAUCGACACAAUGGGUUACGCGUUUACGUAUCCUUUAUUUAAAUACAUCGGUGGUUGCCAGGUCGGAUCGUAUACGCAUUAUCCCACCAUUUCGACCGAUAUGUUAAGGUAUGUCUACAAAAGAAUCGUCGCGCACAACAACCGACGAAUCAUUGCUAGAAAUCCAUUUCUCUCGGGGGUGAAGAUUCUUUACUAUAAAUUAUUCGCAUAUUUGUACAGAUUAGUCGGUAGUUGCGCUGAUACCAUAAUGGUAAACUCCUCGUGGACUGAAGAUCAUAUCAACUCUAUCUGGAAAUGUCCAUUAAAGACGCAUCGAGUGUAUCCUCCAUGCAACGUGGAACACCUGACCAAAUUGCCGCUACUCAGUGACGAGGAAAAAGGCGGCUACAUACGUAUAGUGACGCUCGCGCAAUUCAGACCAGAAAAGAAUCAUCCACUCAUGUUGAGGGCUAUGUUUGAGCUAAGAUCGAUUCUUAAGGAAGAAAUCUGGGAAAGAGUCAAGUUAAUCUGCAUCGGUUCCUGUCGAGAUGCAGAGGAUGAAGCGCGUGUCAAGGAUAUGCAAGAUUUAGCUAAACAUUUAGCUAUAGACGAGAAUGUAGAGUUCAAGUUGAAUAUAUCAUUCUCCGAACUUGUAUCAGAGUUGCAACGAGGAACGAUUGGUCUGCACACAAUGUGGAACGAACACUUUGGUAUCAGUAUAGUGGAAUGCAUGGCCGCGGGAUUGAUUAUGGUGGCUCAUGCUUCUGGUGGGCCAAAAGCAGACAUUAUAGAAACGCAAGCGGGUAGCGUGACUGGUUUCCUAGCAGAAGACGAAGUAGAAUAUGCGAAAGUACUAGCAUAUAUUAUACAUAUGCAUCAGGACGAACGAAAUGCUAUUAGAGUUGCUGCGAGAUCAUCUGUAAAUCGAUUCUCGUGUCAGCAUUUCGAAAAGGAAUUUCUACGAGCGAUUGAGCCGUUUUUUCGAGCGAAACAAGAGUAAUUUCAUUGCCUUAUAAUUUUUCUAAAGUGAUAAAUUAUGUGUGUAUGUAAGUGAUUCAUUUUAGAAUUAGAAUACGCAUUUUCGAUACAUGUUACACAUUAUCCUGUAUGUGUAAUAAUAUGUAUAUAUAACAAAUAAGUGUGUGUGUUCUCCAUGUGAUAAAUCAAUAUUUACGUGUUGAGAGAUGCAAGACUUUCUACUUAAUGUCCAUUAAUUUUAAAAUGAAUACAUUGAACAAAUAAUCAUGAUUUAAUAUAUACACAAGUCGCAGUACAUUGUGUAACAAAUAAUUGUUUAAACUCAUAAAAUUUUAGAGAUAUUAAAGAA